CCUCCCUCCUCUGCCAGGUCAGCGCCGGCUUCGCCUUGCCCACCGCGCUUGCCUGGCUGGCACUCUCCGCCGCGCCGCCGCUCCUUCCUCCCUCCCUCCCUCCCUCCCCGCAGCGGCGCCAAGAUGGCGGGAUCGGUGGCCGAGCGGGACGCGGCGGUGUCGAAACUCGAGGACGGGCACCUCAACAACUCCCUGGGAUCGCCUGUCCAAGCCGAAGUGUACUUCCCAAGGCUGACCGUCCCCUUCUGCGGGCACAUCAAAGGCGGCAUGCGGCCGGGCAAGAAGAUCCUGGUCAUGGGCAUUGUGGAUCUCAACCCUGAGAGUUUUGACAUCAGGCUCACCUGUGGAGACACGGAGGAUCCACCAGCCGACAUCGCGAUUGAGCUGAAAGCCAUCUUCUCAGACAGACAGUUCCUCAGGAAUGCCUGCGUCUCCGGCGAAUGGGGAGAAGAACAGUCGUCCCUUCCGUACUUUCCUUUUAUCCCUGACCAGCCCUUUCGGGUUGAAAUACUUUGUGAGCAUCCUCGUUUUAGAAUAUUUGUGGACGGACACCAGCUUUUUGAUUUUUACCAUCGCGUCGAGAAGUUGUCAGCUAUUGAUACGAUAAAGAUAAAUGGAGAUCUUCAACUUACUAAACUUGGUUGAACUUUUUUUAUUAGAGGAAAAAAACAGGAAAAAGAUACAAACCAAAAUUUUAGAGUCCGGAUUGGCUCAGGUGCCACCAGCAUCUAUUUGAAGGGACUGUGACAACAUCGCUGGAACACCUCCCUAAUACACAGGCAUCACAGUUUCGUUCCUAAAGCAGUAAAGAACCUCCUAACGAACUACUGUUGAUCCUGUUGAAGAAAGAUGGAUGAUGAAUAGAUACUGAGCCAUUCUCCUUCCUUUGGAACGAACGAACAAAAGAAAGAAAGAGAAAAAGGAAAGCCUACCCCUGCUGGAUAAUCAAGUUAUAAUAGAUCCUGAAAGAUUUACUUCACCAGAAACUGCAUAAGCUAUUUAUCUUCCCAAUGAAAGGGCAAUAUUUGAAACCAAAUGCUAAAUCUUUUCCUAAACAAGGAUAAGGUUUUGCUUUGGGGAAAAACUUGCUCCUGCACUUAAGUGGAUUAGUGUGAGUGUAACACAGAUCACAAGAGUGGGCCAAAUGUUGAAGUCAUUAUUCGGUGCCGAAUGCUGGCCUCAAAUGAACCAGAGACAAAAGUCCUAUGAGUCGGAUGGUGCAUGAAUCGUGAGCCACAAGGACUCAGUCUAAUAUGUUGCUCAGCACACAUGUCCCAUUGAAUCACAGGGACUUCAGCGUAUUUAAUGGUGUGCUGGUUGGCUGCCAGUCACUAUUGUUUUUACCUUGGAGAGUUGGUUGCCAAAGAAAGAGUAAAAACUGGGUAAUGGCUUCUGGAUUUGGCUUCAUCCUUUAGUCAGGGUAUGUGCAUAGAAUGUAGGUCAUUAAAUGUUUUGCACAAUGUAAUAUUAAUACAGUUUUUAAAAGCUUUUUCUCUAGUUUAUUUAUUAAUACUCAUUGUGUUAGUGCGUUAAGAGUAAAAAUGAAUAAUAUUCCUGAAAUUUAAGAGCAGGCAAGUGUAAACUUUCUGAAUGUACAGGUGUUAGUUGGGCAAAUGUUAACAUAUCAUUUGGAAGUCUGUACUGUUUGUUUUUGGGCAGUCAGUAGUAUUUUUAAGGGGCCCUCACAGUUCACAGAAGCAUGGUCAGCUCAUGUCUUCACCAGAAACUGCCUUCAGUAUGUGGUAACUGCUGUAAAUGGUAGAUCACAAUUGAUGUUUGGAGAAACACCAUCCUGGGCAAUAGACGUUUUUAGGUUUAUUGGUGCACAUAUUCCACAAUCCUGUACCUGCUUGUGUGGUGCAGUAGGCUCCAUUGAACUCUGUGGGAUGUAUAUUUUACUAGUCCUGUAUAGGAUUGCAUUGUUAAGAGUUUGAGAAUACGGUGGGAUGUUUGCAGACUCAUAAGCCCUUUGUGGCUACCAACUUGGUUGGAGGAGAAAACAAAAUUCUUAGCUCUUCCAGUGCCAAAUAAAUUAAUAAACGGAGCUUUUAGAACUGGCCCAAUAAGUACUGUCGCAAGCUCAGACACUUUCACACAAAUAAUAGAUUUUAGUGGUACGCAUAAUUGCAUAAUCACUGUAAUUGUAUUACACAGUGAAUGAAUGAACACAGUGACUUUUUUAAGGGACUUUGUGAAUCAGUUCAGUUUGUACCCUUUGGACAGUGUUUCACAGUGGGCUGUAAAGGAUUUAUUUGGGUGUUAUAGUUUGAGGAAUAAACACAUAUUUGCAUUAUUUUUCAAAACUUGUACCAUAGUGAUUUUUAAAGAUAUUUGUCAUGGAGAGUUUUUGUAGCAACAUUUUUUAAAGGACAAAGCAUGUAACAAAAUUAAUGCUGGAAUCAUAAAGGAGGUUUGUUUCAAUCAGUCAAAUCUCCUUCAGUAAGAUUAGAUGCUUUUUAAAAAAAAAAAAAAAGUCCAGUCUUUCAGGCUCAACUAGAUGAUUUAAGUUUUGCUGAUGGCAACAUCUGUUACUUUAGUGAAAUAGUGGGGUGUCACUGUUUAUUGAAUACAGGAACUCUAAACCAGGGGUCUUUGUGUGGCCCUUAGAAGAUCUUCCUACUUGACCUGGGCACAGCCAGUAUGAUUUGCCCUACCGUUCUCUGCAGUGCCAUAUUUGAAGCUUUGCUCUUUCACAUAUCACAAACUUGGCUCGUCUGAGGUAUAAUCCAUCUUCGCUCUGCCAACUUCAUCUCCAAGUUGGCAGUGUCACCCAUCAUAUCUUGUAAUGCUAAGCGUCACAAAAUAAGUGCAGGAAUGAAACCGGAUACUGGGGAAGGUGUUCUCUGCACUUGCUGUUUAAGGCGUAUAAAAGGGGAUACAAAAGAAUCCCUCAGCCAUAGUUUACCACAAGGGAAGGAACCCACUGAGCAACUAAAGUUGCUAUCGUAAACUCUACUACUGGGAAGUAAGUCUUUCUGAAAUCGCUUCUGAAUGGAAAUGUAUAUGAUUAUACCAUAAACCCGAAGUUCAAGCUGAAAAGAAGUAAGGCCCAUUGGAAAUUCGAUGAUUUACUUAAUGAUUAGGAUAAUGCUAUAGGAUUGCCAUACCGCGCACAUUCGCUUGGGUUCAAGUCCUAUUUCACGCAGGGGUACGUACUUCCAUGUGACCUUGGACAGGCUCAGAAUAUUACAAACUAAGUGUUUUGGGAAGUUGACCCUAGUGAAAUAAAUUGAGUGCACCAUCUAAAGAAUCUUGGCUGUCAUUAUUUAUUUCAUAAAUUCACAAUAGAUACUGAACAUUAGUGAUUUGUUUUUAAUUGAUCAGUUUUUUAGCCACUGUUUUUCCAAGGGCUUGUUUCACCAAUCCUUUACCUGUCCAUUGACCUCUGAUCCUUAACACAGGAUAAAUCAAGUUAACCUGGAUUAACCCUUUGUUAUGCAAAGUCAGGGAAUACUGUAGAGUUUUGGUGAAACUCUGGAGCAGCCCCAUACUUCAGAGUGUGUGUGGAUAGCAUGACUGGCUCCAAUCUGAAUCAGUCCAUUUUCCACAUAGGCAGGCACUGCCAUCGCCUUUUCUUUGUGUUCAGUGGAGCAGGAAAAAGGGUACAGAUUGGGCCUGUGUUGGCCAUUGUCAGGCACCUUUGCUGACACCAGCAAAGGUGCCCAGCAAUGGUUAGGACUGGCAAUGGGACAGGAAAGAAAAGGUGAUAAUUAAGUGGAGCUGCACGGAUCUGGGACCAUUGGAUGGUCUCACUGCUCCUGUGGGAUAGGAAUGGAGAGUGUGGCCACCCCUGGAGCCAGUCUGGAGCCAGAGCUGGCCCUAGGUAUUUUUCAAGUGUAGGCGAACAGAAUUUUGGCGCUCCCCCCCCCCCCCCCAAACCAAUCACUGAAAAAUAAAAGCGUUGGAUAAGCGAAAAUGUUGGAUAAUAAGGCCUAUUAAACAUCAAAUUACAUUAAGAUUUUACAAAUUAAGCACCAAAGCAUCAUGUUUUACAACAAAUAAACAGAAAAAGCAGUCUCAACUGCGCUCCUGUAUGUUUUGCGCCCCAAGCGACUGCUUAAUUUGCCUCAUUGUUGGACCGGCUCUGUCUGGAGCAUUGCUAUUCCAGACUGGCCCCCAAUCUUAGUGUAGAAGAUAAUGCUAAAUAAUAGAAUUAGAACAAAAACAAGAUAGUCUAUUAGAAGGGAAUGAAACAUCCAGUGAAAAAUAUGACUAUAAAGAUGUCCUUAAGAAAAGCACAAAGCCCUGCCAAUAAGUAGCCUAGUCAUCAGCAGUACAAUUGCCAAAAUGCCACCCGACUUUUAUUUUUUUAAAAGGAUCUUUAUGUACCACCUGUCUGUAUUCAGUAAACAAAGGUUGUGGCCGGAAUCCUGUAUUAGCUGAUAAAUAUGGCUAAGCAACUAUCAUGAAUACGAAACAGUUAUUGGAUGAGUAAUUAUAGGUUAACGUUCUGUAUUCACGAUCACUAAAGUUGCAGUUUUGACACUUUUACCACAAUCGUAAUUCCCCUUUGCGCACACAUCUACUUUGUCAACUGGGGAAAAGGAGGACGAUUCUUCCAGUGACUGGAGUGUAAAUGAGUGACGUUUCCACCAGGUUUCAGUGGGUCCGGAGAGGAGAAGUGACUUAGUUAUAUAUACUUAAAAAAGGCCCCUUCCACACAGCUGAAUAAAAUCCCACAUUAUCUGCUUUGAACUGGGUUAUAUGGCAGUGUGAAUUCAGAUAACCCAGUUCAAAGUUAUUGUGGGAUUUUCUGCCUUGAUAUUCUGGGUUUUAUGGCUGUGUGGAAGGGGCCAAAGUAGCUGAUACAAGUUUUGACCAAACUAGAUAAUUUUUCAUUUGAUUUUUCUUUUGUUUGUUUGCCUACUUACUUUAAGCAUAAUUCAUAAACGAUAUAAUUGAACACUAGAUAUUGUCAUUAUAAAUGAUAUAAACAUCCCAGGCCUCUGAAUUUGUAGAUUGUAGACAUUUUGAACACUGAAAAAACUGGGGCGGGGGGAAUUGAACUAGGAUUCAAGGAGCUGCAUGAAUGUGUGACUUGACUUUUAAGCAUGCAAGUUUUCACCUUGAAUUGCAACUGUCAGGUCAGACACCUGCCUGACUCUCACUUGCACCAUGAAGAGAUGAUCGGAGCCUGCACCAAACUCAUCCCCAGAUCUAUUCACAUUCCUCUCUUUUCCCAUUAUGCUUUUAUUUCCAUCUCUGUUGGAUAGCCUCUGUAUGUUCUUUAUCCUGCAGCAGUCCUCAGAUAAAAAGAUAAUUAACGUCCCCAGUGUCUUUUCAAAAUGGCUCUGCUCCAAUUAUAAGUCGCUGUGAGAAUUAAUUAGUUCUAGGCUUAUUGAAAUUUAAAACUGAAAUUUAAUGUUAAUGUUACAUACAAAUGUCUCCCCAAAUUUAUAGUAGAACCUAAAUGGUUAUUUUCAGGCGAUAAUUCUUCGGCCGCCCUGCAGUUCUCAGAGUGGCUUUGUAUGAGUACCGUACUUUUUGUACUGCAGCUAGAAUCUCUUUAGGAUUUUAUCAGGAUGAAUUUACAAGGCGUGUACAUCGUUGAUCUGACAAUUUUUAAAUGUCUGAAGAAACCCAAAAUCUUUCUUAUACAGUACAAAAAUAAUAUUCUUGAAAAUAAAAACACCCUGAGGGGAAAAAGUUUUUUAAAUGCCUGGAUUAUAUUUUCUUCUAUCUGUCAUAUGCAAAUAGAAGAGGUGGUGACCUGUCUUUGAAAAUAUUGGCACCUGUUUUAUUUCACCCAAACCACUAAUUUCGAUUAUAAGAUAACAUGUAAAAGGUCUUGGAUAUGAAAAUGAGUGUACAAGGUAUAGUGGAUCAUAAAUAAUUAAGAUGCAUACCAUGGUAGAGCAUGGAUGGGCAAAAUGCAGUCGGCUGUUGCUAGGUUGAAACUUUCAUUGCCUUUAGUUGGCAUUAAACAAUAGUAGGGAAUGCUGGGAGCUGCAGUCCAUCGAUAUUCAGAGGACAGAUUUGCUGCUGUACUCUUUAUUUAUAUGUAUUUAUAUUCCGCUUUAUCUCCCCAGAGGGACUCAGAGCGGAUUACAGUUGACAUAUAUAAGGCAAGCAUUCAAUGCCUUUUUACACAGUAACAUAUAAUACACAGACAGAGGUAAAGGCCUUCUUUCUAUCUCCAACGUCUGGAGGUGAUGUUCAACUCCGGCCAUGGGGUGGGGAUCUUGUUCUUUUUGUCCAUGCCGAGAAACCUGGUGUCCAUAGACUUUCUCCUAUCAUUGCUGGCAUGUCAGCAUGGGGCGCCCUUUUACCUCCCCGCUGAGGCGGUACCUAUUGAUCUACUCGCAUUACAUGUUUUCAAACGGCUAGGUUGGCAAAAGCCUGAUUUGGAUGAGAAGUCGCUGCUGGAUGUCCUGGUUUGUCCUCUCUUUUUAUUCAGGGAGGGGCUGCUCCCAUUGUCCCCCAGUUUAAGAGACUUCAUUUUCUUUGGCAAACUCCCCCUGCCCCCCAAAAGGCUAAGAGUGAAGAUAUUAUAUCGGAAAACAUUUAGUUGCCAAGUAACAUGGUUAAGGGCCCUUCCACACAGCCAUAUAACCCAAAAUAUCAAGGUAGAAAAUCCCACAAUAUCUGCUUUGAACUGGGUUAUCUGGCUCCAUACUGCCAUAUACCCCAGUUCAAAGCAGAAAAUGUGGGGUUUUAUUCAGCUGUGUGAAAGGGGCCUCAGACGCCUCUCCCAUCCAGAUUUGAUGGAACAGGUAAUAUUUUUACUAUUAUUUACACAUGUAUUGCUUUAAAACACUUCUUUCAUUUUGCUUUUUAUAAGGAGUUCAGUGAAAUAGGCCCAAAACAACUGACAGAUCCUACUAUCAGUCUUUACACUCAGUAGACAAAAAGAGAGAGGUAAGGAAGAAAGAAAAAUAACCAAAAACACCAGUUUGUAUAGUUACAUCAUUUUACUAAGAUUGGCAAACAUUUUGAAUGAUAAAAUACAAAAGUAACUCCACCUGUAGUACCCAUACUAUUAUGCUAUGUAGCAGCCAUUCCACAUGCACCAACCAACGUGAUGUAUCAUUGCUCAUAGGUAGAAGAGAAUGAUAAAAUGGCUAGAGAGGGUGGGAAUUGCAGUAUGACAUAUGUGGAGUGAAUACCAGUACCGGUGUUGCUUUUAGAUCCAUAAUACCUCAAAUUGUGUGCUAAUGUAUUUGCCUGGCACGUUUUGAAAAUCCGUGAGCGUGGAAACUCAUAGCAUGAUAUAGAAAUUUCCCCCCUAAUCCUAGUUGUGGCGGGGAUCAGCAUAGUUGCUCUGUGUUGAGCCAAUGUCACAUGUGUUCAAAGGCACUCUAUUAGUGUGGCUUUGGUCCGGUAUUGGAAAAGUGAUUCCACAAGAAAGCCUAUGUAAAAGUGGCAAAGUUCAAAUUACAUUCCUUACAAGAGGCAACCUUUACAGUUUUGUGACUAGGUAAAAGAACUAUCAGGCUAUUCAAACAAUUAUAUGUUUGUCCUCAUAUGGCAUGCCGAGAAUUUAAAUCUGCUGUCCUAAGGAUACCUAUAUGUGAGUAAAACCUAUUCAGGGCUUUACAUUCAUAGGACUGUGCUGUAACAUUUUUUCUUUGACCUGCACUGGAAUGUAGUAACUCUGCCUUGCAAAUACCAUUGCAGUGCACCAUUUGUUGUAAUACUAUUAGCAAACCACUCAGCAAAAAGGAACAACCAUCAGGACAGCUGAAUCAGAGCUCACCAAAGCAUAAGACUUCCUGUUGUUAUUCUUAACUACCUGACAAUAGUAUGGCCAUGCACUACUUCCUUACAAAUAAAUGUUGACUCUGGAAAGCUGGACAUAAUUAAAUCUCUCUGUUGUCGAAGGCUUUCAUGGCCGGAAUCACUGUGUUGUUGUAUGUUUUCCAGGCUGUAUGGCCAUGUUCCAGAAGCAUUCUCUCCUGACGUUUCACCCACAUCUAUGGCAGGCAUCCUCAGAGGUGUGAGGUCUGUUGGAAACUAGACAAGUGGGGUUUAUAUAUCUGUGGAAUGCCCAGGGUGGGAGAAAGAAUUCUUACCGUAGAAAAUGAGACUACACGAAAAAAGGUCAUUAGGUAAGGUCCCAGUGAAGACAGCGACUAUGACAGUCUAGGGAGCAUCUUGCCAAUAAUUCACUGUGAGCGACAACUGGCCGAAUAGAAAAUUAGGGAAAUGCUUCCUAUUGGUAAUCUACAUACUAAAAGGCUUCUAGGUUUUAGCACAGAGCAGAAAGCGAUGGUGAAUAUCCUUGGGGGCCCAUGAGAAUUGGGGACCUCCUUUCCUCUUGUUGAUCACCAUCCCCUCCAUGAAUCUUCACAAAAUGCCCUGGAGAACUGUGAAAUCCUCUGUUGGACAACUUGUGGGCAUUAUGGAGGGUCCAGGUCAUGCUAUAACUAAAUACUGAAGCAGUAUACCAAUUUGUCUUGAUCUUACUUUACAAAACACUGCCUCAAAUAUGUACACUCUUCUGUUCCCUGUACAGAAAACAUGGGCCUCACGAGGAUUGAUUCUCUUAGGUCACUGACACACAUUAGCAAAAAAUUAAAUGGAAUCAGCCCAUGAUUAAAUGGAAUCAGACCAUUUCCUAUCAGGGAUAGGAAUCUAUAUUCUGAUUAUUAUUGUAACUGCUUUUCUAGGCAGUUGGAAUUCCUCACAAGCUUAUCAGGGAAUUCACUGGAAGACACCUGCCCAUCACUACUGAUCUUUGUCUGCAAUGUGCAGAAGUGAGGAAUGUUUCAUCAUAUUCCAGACAUACACUUGGUUUGUGCGGAACAAUGAAAAAGGUACAACGGAGCUGGGUAUUUUCCUAAAUUAGUAUUGUCCUAGCUUGCUGAUUCCAGUUAUAUUACAAUACAACUCAAAUUACUCCCAAGUAGCAUAGCUAUUGGCUGAUGAAGGCUACCUUAGGUACAUCAAUGGGCCACCACUGUAUGUGACAAGGAAUUUCCCAUGAUGCAAAGUUUUUCAGGGUUUAUUUUAGCAGACAUCAACAAAGAUAACUUCCUAUAAAAUUGGGAUCUAGAGAUGUAACUGGUAAGGCAGAAAUCCAUUCAGUUUUGCUUUUGUUCUACUGAAUUGGUGCUGGGAAAUUUGUUAUUACCCGACUGACUAUAGUGUUUGUGUUCCACUGGUUAUUUGUUUGUGAAAAAUAUUGGUUCAUCGUGUUUUAAUUACAUUCCAUGUUUGCAAUUUCAGUGUUAGUGGCAGGAAUACUGGAGAACUGGGAUGCUAAUGUAACUCAGUAAACAUUUCAGAAAGGGCGUCUGGGACCAUGACUGAAAUGAAUUAAAGUAGCAAUUAAACAUGCUCUGCUGCUUUGAUACACCUUCCCAGUUCCUGGUAAACAAUACAAUUAAUGUAGUUGAAGCAUGUCUCAUAUAAAAUACUUAGUAGUAGAGGCAAUAUCGUUAUAAUGAACUCCUGUUCUGCUGCAGGUCUUCCAUAGUUUCUGUAAUUAGGGCUUUUGGAGCUGACAUCAGUGGAUUAGGAAAGUUAUGGUAAAAUUCCCAUGUACUGUUUGCCUGCAGUAAUACAAAAGUGUCGAAACUGAGGUGUCUAGCAUAUGAUUUUUAAAAGCAUCUCUUCUGCAAAUGAGCAUUUUUUAAAAAAAAAAUGAACCAAGUAAUCCUUAUGAAAAAUAGCAAACUUUUGAUCUGACUAUUGGAAAUUUGAACAUUUAAAAUGACAGUCUAAAAUCUGAUGCUGAAAAAUCUUAAAUUAGUACUUAAGCUGUUAAAACAAUGUUUUCUGACAAUGACAAUCAUGUUGGGCACCAGCUAAUAACUAACCAAAUCAUGUAUUUGUUAGGCUUUCUCUUUUCUAAAAAAACUAAUUCCAGCAUCAACCAGUUUGUGUAACUUCUUAUGGGUUCUGCACAAUUCUCUUUUCAAUCUGGUUUCUCAAGAAUGACCCAUGAGAGUGAGAGACAGAGAAUACCCAUGUCAAGCAAGUCAGUGCCAAAACUGAUUUGAUCUAAAACAAAACCAUUCAAAAACUUGCUAUUUGAAUACCGACUAACAGCAUGCACUUGCCUGACUAGGUUUUUGCAAGCUUUUUCUGUAGAAGGCAGUCAUGUUCACCUGGCGGCUACUCAUCCCCGAAUAUUUGGGCCCAAAGCAUGUUCACUCAGCUCCCCUUCUCUCGCUUUUCCCCUGAGCAAGUAGCCAUUGAGAUGAGACUCAUAACACUUGGCUCUUUGUAGCCUUCUUAAAAACACUGUUCCUGAAAGUGUUUAAAAUUUGGCCAAGGGCCACAUGCGGUAAUAGGACAAUAAGUGGCCAACUCCUCUUGUAAACCAUUAUUGAGAUCUAUUACUCUCUUUCUAAAACUGAAGUGCUAUAUAAAUAUAAAACCCUAUUAUUAUUCCAAGUCAGUUAUGAAGAAAAAUGCAUGAGGCAUAUCUGAACAACCUUUUGAGUACCAGAUAAACCAGUUCUAUGAGAAUGCAAGGGCUACUUGGAGAAGUCAUUUGGGGGAAAAACAGAGACAACAGUGGCUCAAGACUGUAUUUCCCAUGACUGAAAUGAAAUAAACUACCAUGAAGUCAGUCUUAACCAUUUGAUUUUCUGUUCAGUGAUAAUGUAUCUAUCUGGCCUAAAUCUCAUUCCUAACGAUGAGCUUUUCUUAAUGUUAGUAAUGUAUCUUACAAUUAGUUACUAGAGUUAUAGCUAUCUCAUGUGCCCAGCAAUCAUUGUGCUUUGAAGAUGAGAAUGUUGCAAUGGGAUUUUCCCCCCAAAAGGUUUUGACGGCAUGAAAUCCAGCAAUAAUGUAUACUCCACCCGCAAAUCUAUUUUUGUGUAUUGUGCCAAUUUGAUAAGAAACUUUUAAUAACAAUAAAAUACAAGACAUUUACUUA